GCGGCCGCCGUCGGCGCGUCGCAGACGCAGGCCUGCGAUUCGCGGUGCGUGUUGGUGCGUAUCAAGUGCGUGUUGGAUGUGCGUCCGCGCGGAUCCGUUCGGUCGGCCGUUUUGGCGUCGAACGGUUUCACCGUCUUGAAAAAAAAAUACUCCUGGAGUAGAACAGAGUUCCCCGGGGGUGAAAGGGGCAACGAGGAGGGUGAGGAAAGGGGAGGCGCGGCGCAUCCCUCGCGAGAGUGCAAAAAGGGGGAAGAGAGAGAGAGAGAGAAAGAGGACGCGUGACGUGCGAGCCUCACGUCCGCUGCGUGAUCGGCCACAUGACAUGAGAGCCGCGCACACCGACAAUAAUACAACUGCCGGGAGUGCCGGGACGGCGACGGCGACGGCGAGGACGACGGUGACGAGGGAGGGUGCGAGAGCGUGAAACGAUGUACUGCACCGCGACGCUCGGGAGAUGCUUUUGCAGGAGGGACGCGGUGAGGGCCCUCAGCACCGGCGAGGUAUCCACCGCGUUACGGCCGUUUUACUUCACCGUCCACCCCGACCUGUUCGGCCAGUAUCCCACGCAGAGGACGGUGAAUGAAAACUCCCUGAAGCAAUUAAGUUCAAUCCUAGAAACACUGCAACAGAAGCAACCUAUACGGCCGACCAUUUUGCCCUUUUAUCUGCGCUCGAAAGACGAGAAGGACGUGAAGGCCGGCAAAUUCACGCUUGUCAAAAUACAGUUGAAGGAGAAGGAUCUGAGACAAGCGAUACUUUCCAUUUUGAAAACAUGCGAUCUACCCACGACGUUUGUCGACAAAAUCGAGGAGCAGAAGCCGCCUGCAGUCGCGAAGCACAAGUCCAGAUUUUGGCAGCGCGCGUAUUCCGGAGAAAGGAUGGACUUCUCGGAAUUGGAGGACGAUCCUAUUUACGCGUCGAUCAUUAUGAAACGCAAGAUUAACGCAGAGCCAGAUACGCUGAAAGCGUAUCUCGACAAGCACAUCAAUGAGGUACACGUUAAAUUGGAGGCAUGUCGACCAGUGAGAGAGGAGGUGGAGAAGCUGGAGAGAGUACUGUGCAGCGAGCUGGGUCUGAAGGAUAUUAUAUGGGACUGCGGAUGGAAUAUCGCCCAUUACCGCGGCUGUUUGUUGGCCUUUCAAGCAUUAGCCGAGCAUCAUCCGGAGUCGAUGGAGGUGCUGAGGAAUCGCACCCUCGUGUUUGCAAACGACACUGGCAUCAGUUUGGAAGGCAACGUUAUGCUAAAUUCCGGGGAAGUCAGGCACAAUUGGCUCGACCUGAUAAAGAAUGUAAGAAAACACGAUGCUGUAUUGUUGAAAUUGCCGGCGUUUGAGAAGGCAGUGUCCCAAGUGCUCCUCGACAUUAAAGUCGGUCGACGGGUGCUCUAUAUGUGCAGGAAAUUCAUGCCUAAGGUAAUGGUCGGCCAGUAUGAGCAACAGCUGCGACAGCUCACGACUACGCUCUCCGAUUACCGUGGCAAGCGAAAGUAUCCGAGUUCUUGGCCGGCCAGUCUGUCGGCUUACGAAAUUGUCAUCGAAGCCGAAGCAGGUCCCUUAAUGUUGUCGCCGACCGGACAGUUCAUCGUGCCAUCGUCUUGUCCAAGCUUCCUCUUGGUGAAUUUUAUUACGGAGAACCUGGAGGAGGCCACGAAAAGACUAUAUCACUAUAAUAACAUAAAGCACGUGGAGCGAGAGCUUCAUCGUAAGACCAUCAAGGAACUGGGUUUGGCUGCUCUUAACAAGGACGACAGCAUCACGCCGGAUCUGAUGAUACAGUGCUGCGAACGGCUGCUUCUGCACAAGAAGGAUCUAGCGCCGUCGCUCGAGGGCGUCAUGCUCUGGGUUACUCAUUACUACUCCGUCAUGAGCGACGGCGUUCUUUGUGUGCCAUGGGAUUGGAGGUUCUAAUCUUUCGAUACGAAAUGACGAAAUAUUGUUAACGUAUUGAUUGCUGUCAAGCCACUAGCGUGUAAGCGUAACCGCCAAUAAUCACGACAAUGCAAAUAACAUUUUACAAGUCUCGAGAUUUGCAGAAUACGGACGAUAGUAGCGGAGAAUAGAUGAUUAUCGCGUAAGAUAAAACUAUUAGACUACAUUAUAAGUACUCAUACUCUGUUGAAAUAGUGUAUCAUGUGUCGCACAGUUUGAAUAUUAAUUUGCCGAAAAAAAAAUUUGUAUCGCCUGCGUUAAUGUCGUUUCUAACUUUGCGAGAACAGCCAAAGAUAGAUUCCCCUGGAAACGGUUGUUCCAAUAUGUGAUUUUUGUAAAAAAAAAAAAAGGAUAAAGCAAUCGGACAGACAAAUGUGAAUAGGACUAUUGUAGAUUCUUAUUAAAAUGAUUACUAGUCUCGCGUCGCAAGUCUUAAUUAGUUAAUUAAGAGAUUUGGUGCCACGUGCUGUAAACAUUUGUAGACAUAUAUAUAUAUUUUUUUAAUUCGACUCAAUUGUAAAUGGGCAGUCCUACUAUUAUGUCCAAUCGAGGGUGAAAUUAAAUCCUAUUUCGCAAUAAUUGACAUUUAUACACUUCUGAAUAUAUGGGAUAUACAUUUGA